UGAAGCAUAAGUAUUUAUUUUUGAAUAAAAAGGAUGAUAAAAUAAGAAAAGUAUGCCGGUACUUUCUGUGUGUUGUCGGAGUAAUUGGCCACAAAAAGAUUCACUCAAAUUUAUUAAAAUCUAAAAAUAAAAAAAGUCUCUUAAAAAAUUUGUUAAUAAAAGCAAACAAAAACACAAAAACCGUAUUUAACACUUUAAUAAAUGUUCCAUGUUUAUGUUCUUUCUCCCUCACUUCACUUGAAUACAAUACAAUUUUUUUAAUGAACACUUCAUAAGUUACACAGAACAUUCUCUUAUCUUUGUCUACUGUUAAUAACUUGUGUUCUGUUUUCUGAUUUUUCAUUUUUCUACAAACAAAAGAGUGGAACAAGGUUUAAGGUUUUUUUGAUGUCUGUGCCAGUGGAACAAGGUGGUUAUGGUGGUUGUUUGAAAGAGGUUCCUUCAAUGGAAACUACUGAGAGGAACAUUGGAUUGAACCUCAAAGCUACUGAACUGAGGCUUGGGUUACCAGGCUCUGAAUCUCCUGAGAGAGAAAAUGGUGGGUUGUCUAUGCUUAAGAGUUUGGUGUCUGGUGCUAAAAGGGGUUUCUCUGAUGCUAUUGAUGGAGGUUCUGGGAAAUGGGUUUUGUCUGGAAAUGGUGGAUCUGAAGUGGGGUUGUGUAAAGAUGGAAACUUGUUUUCUCCUAAAGCUAAAGGUGGUGUUGGUGAAUGCAACAAACAACAAAACCCUUUCUCUGCUGCCUCAGUUGUUAAAGAAUCUGUUCCACACUCUCCAAAGCCUUUGCAUGAUAACAAACCACAGAUUUCUUCUCCUCCUUCUGCAAAGGCGCAAGUUGUAGGAUGGCCACCAAUCCGAUCUUUCAGGAAGAACUCAAUGGCUACUCCACCUCAAAAGAAUGAUGCUGAUGCAGAAGCCAAAUCUGAAUGCCUCUAUGUAAAAGUCAGCAUGGAAGGUGCUCCAUACUUGAGGAAAGUGGAUCUGAAUGGUUUUAGCUCUUAUAGGGAACUUUCUUCGGCACUCGAAAAGAUGUUCAGUUGUUUUACAAUCAGUCAAUGUGGAUCAUAUGGAGUUUCUUGUCAAGAAAAAAUUUUAAGUGAAAGUAGAUUGGUGGAUCUUCUUCAUGGUUCGGAAUAUGUGCUUACCUAUGAAGACAAGGAUGGUGAUUGGAUGCUAGUUGGUGAUGUUCCAUGGGAAAUGUUCACCGAGUCUUGCAAGAGGCUGAGGAUAAUGAAGAGCUCUGAAGCAAUUGGACUAGCACCUCGAGCCAUGGAAAAGUGCAAAAGUCGCAACUAGCAUGCAAUGUGCAAGUUGUAUACUGAUCAGUAAAGACUGAAGAUGACAUCUAUUUUAAGUUUAAAAUACCUUGUUGUUUGCUUAUGUAUGUAUAAUUCUAUAUACAAAGCUUUCUAAUCCUAAACUUUAUAGUAGGCCAAAUAUAUUAGGCAUGUUAUGGUAUGGACGACUACAAAUCAUUUUGGUGUAGACGUUCUCGAUGCUUCUUAGGUUGUUGCUUACUUUAAUCACAGUCAUGAAGGCUGUUAUUAGUAUAUAAAUUUUGUAUUUCUCUAUUAACUUGUUCACCCUAUCUCUUCAAGUUAAUGUAAGUGAACUUCUUGUUUGUCA